CGGCCCCGGAAGUGAUGUAAGCGUUGGGAGGCCUUUUCCGGUUCCGGGUUGGCUGGUCCGAGAGUGGCGAUAUGAAGUUGCUCACUCACAAUCUCCUGAGCUCUCAUGUGCGGGGGGUGGGUCCCCGUGGCUUCCCCCUGCGCCUCCAGGCCACCGAGGUCCGCGUCAACCCUGUGGAGUUCAACCCAGACUUCGUGGCGCGUAUGAUCCCCAAAGUGGAGUGGGCGGCGCUUCUGGAGGCAGCAGAUACCUUGAAUCUGGCGGAGGUGCCCCGAGAGCCGACGGAGGGAUAUGAACACGAUGAAGACUUUCUGAGGAAGAUGCACCACGUGCUGCUGGAGGUGGAGGUGCUGGAGGGCACCCUGCAGUGCCCAGAGUCUGGACGUCUGUUCCCCAUCAGUCGUGGGAUCCCCAACAUGCUGCUGAAUGAUGAGGAAACGGAGACCUAACUGACAGACACCAGCCAGCUUGACAUUUUGUGACCCUGUCAAUAUUUGUUGAAUAUUCUGCCCUCCCAUGCUCAGCCCCAGACUUUGACGCAGUGACACAUCAAACACAGUGUUCUUGAGCUCCAUAGUAAUAUCUUUUUUUUUUUCUUUCUCUCAUUAAAGGUUCAAAACCAAAAGCGGUUUCUUUUUGCAGCAAAUAUACAUUAAAAUAGAGUCUCUGUAUAGUCAAGGGCUCUGGGCCCUGGCUUUCCCUGUCCCUGCGCCUCCCUUGCCAAACCCAAAAAUAAAUAUAGUGUUAUUGCUCUGCAGGGCAUAGAGGCAGUGCUCUCCUGACCCCCUGAGGAGGCUAGGUGGGAGCUCAUGGGGGGCCCUGGCCACCCCAGGGGUCCAGGGGCUGGAGCCUGCUUGGAGUUAUUGCUUUGAGGAGGGGGCACUAAUGCCCAAUGCAAAUGA